UUGUCCUAUCAGUGUGUGACAAAUCACCAGAUUGGCAUAGAUUGGCAUCUCUUUCUCAGACGCCCUUUGCGGAGGUGCAGAUAUGCCAACUGUCGUGAUGCCUUCGUUGAUUUCAAGUUUGUCUUUACCAAUUCCGACGGCAUUGGAGGUGUUCUCACCGACACCUUUGCUCUUCAUUCUUCUGCUGAUCAUGGGCCUGGCUGUUGGUGCCUACUUUUGGAUGCAACGCCGUGAGAGGAUUAUCCAAGCUUAUGCACAGGAAGAAGCGCGGAUGCGAAGUAGUAUCCCAGAGAUGCAGGCUCGCAUUGACCAAGAGGUGGACCUUGAAGUGGCUGCAGCCAGUGGCGCGACAGGUUCCAGUUUCGCGGCCACUGCGGCUGCCUUGCCUCGUGCUUCUGAAGCGGCCUUGAACGAGCCACCGCCUGCGCCCAGAAUCUCCUUGCCUGGCUGUGGACCUGUUCCUGGACUCCCGACUUCUGGCGGCUCCCGCGCCAGUUUCGCCGCCUCUGCGGCACGGAGGUCGGUGCUUUCCCAUGGUUCCAGCGAGUACACCCUAGGAGAUGAUCGCCCAAGCGUGAUGUCACGGCCCUCAAGGACGGAACAGCCGAGUUAUCAGGCAGCUGGGAACCCAGCUAGCGAGCCAAAGAGGACUGCGAGCCAAGGGUCCAUGGAUGUCUAUCAGUUGUUUUUUGUGCUUUCAGUCGUGCAAAGUCAACUGAACGGUUGACCUGAACCAGCCCUCUUUCAGAGCAAAACAAUUUCUUUGGACAUUCGUUAUUAUCCUUGCGCAAACAUACUGACUGGGAAGGUACAAGCGGAGGAAUUUGCGAAACCUCUGAAUUGUUCAAAAGAGUCCACGACAUGAUUCUAGUUGGAUAUUGUCUAAGACUGAGAGGUUCUGUGUCAAGCUGUUGCGUGUGCUCAAUUGGGUGUUUGUCGCAAAUCGCAACCACACAAGGGCAUCGACGCAGCGGCAAUCAAUGGCAGCUUUAGCAGAGUCGCGCAAGUCUUUGGUGGAGGUGAUGAAAAUGUAUGGACCAGAGGAGGAGAAGGUGGAGGUCAAAGUAAGCCGAACAAGCCUCAGCGGAUGGUACGCAGAGGAGAAGAAGGAGAGUGACGAAGCAGAGCGAAAGUCUCUCUCCACAUGGUAUGGCGACGGGGCAUCCCAGUCCGCGGCACCGGAUCCAUCGAAGGUGGUUAGUCUCGAGCAGGGCAAAGAAGGUGACGUGAGUGUCCCUUCAACCGUGGCACGUGACCUCACCUCCGAUUGAGCAAAGGAGGAUGCUGCGGAGGAAGCUACAGGCGCAGAACAAGCCAAAGACGGGUGAACCAAUGCAGGCUCUUCGAUUGAUGUAAUUUGAAUGCAUCUUCCACCAAAGGUGGCUGAGGCUUGUGAAUAUCAGCAUCAGGAAGCGAAUUGAGACAGUUGACU